CAGACUAUCAGUACACCAAUGAUGAGGAUCAUUAAAAUAUAUAGGGCUGCUCAUAAUGUUUUUACACCUCUAUGUCUGUAGGCCUAUAUGAGAAAGUCAAUCAAAUAUUUUCUGAUUGUAAUAUUCUAUACAGAUUGAUUGACAUUUUCAGAUCAUGGUUAGUUUGUUUAGUGGCAUGCAAGCAGUAUGAUAGGCCUAGUAUGUUUAGCAGUGAUGGGUGUUGAAACACUGCAACGGACUGUAAUUUCCUGCAACUGAAAGGAAAUUGCUUGUUCAGGAAACACAGACUCUGAGCUGGUUCUUUUGAAACUUAACAUGACAGGCGACUGUUCCAAAACAGCCAGUAACAUCCCUUCAUUACCCAUGGAGGUUGAUACUGCUUUUCUCAGAUCCUUGAGGGGUGUCCUUAAAUUAGCAGAGAUGGGGACUAUGUUUGUAGCGUUUGUGUGUUUUGCUGUCGUAUCCAGGCCCAAAUACAUUGCAGCUACGUGCAUGGAGUUUGUGAUCACAUUCUCCCUGCUUCUGCUGUACACACUGAAGUUGAACAAGAAGCUGACUCUGUUCUUCUGGCCUCUCGUUGAUUUGUUCAACUCACUGUUCGCAGCAGUCUUCAUACUUAUCCUGAGUCUAAUAGCAGUGUCCACUUUCACAGUGACAGGGACCCUGGGUGGAGGGAUAGUGGGUUUCAUAGCAACAGGCCUGUGGUGUGUGGAUGGCUACAUGCUUUUCAAGAGGGUCACAUUCAAUCAACCAAGAACAGCAGCAACUGGCACUGUGAAGUGAAGACACCACAAUUGUCUCUUCACGUGCUCACUCGCAGAGUUCCUCUGUCUGUCUGUGUUCUUUCGCCCAUCUUAAUCUUUUUUGUGCACCGGGGCCUCCCACUCCUCUUUCUACUCUGGUUAGAGCCAGUUUGCGCUGUUCUGUGAAGGGACUAGUACACAUCUUCAGUUUCAUGGCAAUUUCUCGCAUGGAAUAGCCUUCAUUUCUCAGAACAAGAAUAGACUGACGAGUUUCAGAAGAAAGUUAUUUGUUUCUGAGCCUGUAAUCGAACCCACAAAUGCUGAUGCUCCAGAUACUCAACUAGUCUAGAGAAGGCCAGUUAUAUUGCUUCUUUAAUCAGGACAGCAGUUUUCAGCUGUGCUAACAUAAUUGCAAAAGGGUUUUCUAAUGAUCAAUUAGCCUUUUAAAAUGAUAAACUAACACAACAUGCCAUUGGAACAGAGGAGUGAUGGUUGCUGAUAAUGGGCAUCUGUACAUCUAUGUAGAUAUUCCAUUAAAAAUCAGCCAUUUCCAGCUGCAAUAGUCAUUUAACAACAUUAACAAUGUCUACAUUGUAUUUCUGAUCAAUUUGAUGUUAUUUUAAUGGACAAAAAAAUGUGCUUUUCUUUCAAAAACACUGUUUUUCUGAUCAAUUUGAUGUUAUUUUAAUGGACAAAAAAAAUUGAUUUUCUUUCAAAAACAAGGACAUUUCUAUGUGACCCCAAACUUCUGAAAGGUAGUGUAUGUGUAGGUUUAAAGGGGAAAUCAGCAGUUGAAACAAUAACAAAGCUUGACCCUGGCCCAUUUUGGUAUAAACCUGAAGGAUAUAGGGCUGGAGAAAUGUAACCACUCUCAAAUUCAUAGACAGAGCUAUGUAUGCAAGGACUGACCAUCAAUGAUAUCAACAUUUUAGUUAUAACCAUGUUUCGAGGCUUUAUAGUGUUUGUUUACACUUAAUUUGUUUACAAUUAUUGGAGUAAAACAAGCUUAUAUUGUGGGUUCUGAUGGGGUACGGCAGUAGAACUAAGCUCAUUAGGCAUUUAUAUAUGAGUACAUAUAUCAUUCAUUUCUAAAUCCAAAAGUUGAUGUAUCAACUGCAGACUGCCCAUUUGUUUGUUUAGCCUAAUCAAUGCAACAACACAAUUAUCAUGUAUAAAAAAUAAAUACACCUUUGAAACCUA